AUGGCUGCACCCAAUGAUGGUGCCACACCGAACCAAGCCACCACGGGAGCAAGCAGGGAGUGGAAGACGGUGCAGUUUCAAGAUGUCAUCAUGUUGCUGAAGGUGAAAUACCAGAGUACCAAAAAGUACAUCAGAUUACAGUCAGGUUUCACCUUUUUGGAUUUCAUCAAUGAAGUCAAAAACAAGUUUGGGCUUCCUGAUGACACUGAACUUGAUGUUUUUGAUGAAAACGACACAGCAGUGGAGGAAGACAUCUUUCUUGAACUGAUAGAGGCCAAUCCGGACUUAUGCCUGACACUGAAUCAAGACUUCCUGCUGCUGUUUGGAGCUGAAACAGCCUCCAAGAUGCUUGAGAAGUGGGACACAGCAUUCAGGCCCAAAGUUAUCAAAGAGGCCAAACACUUGACUCAGUCAACUGAGCUGUGCCGACUUCUGAAAGCUGCUGAGAAACUCACAGAGAACGAUGACACAAACUGGGACAGUGACAUGGCUUCUCUGCUGCUCCUUCUCCAUCUCUUGCCACCCACAGCUGGACAGAAGAGGGCCAAGAUAACUUGCAGUAAUGCAGUGGACAAAAUGGUUCACUUUCACAAGUCAUGCUGCAGCAUCGAUGAACACCUGCGAGGAAGUGAGGGUAAACAACCAUAUAUCCUUGCUGCUGGCCGAACCCAGAACAGGAUUGACACUUUCUACAUCGUCGUGGACAAACAGCUCAUCCCCUGCCAAGCUGCCAACUCGUUGGGUGCUUUUGAUGAACUAUUUAAAUCCCACUAUGUGUUCAACCUAUCUUAUGAUGAGUCUCUGGUCCAGCUCUACACUUUUGUGCAGACAACAAUCUAUAACACUGAUGUUACCACAACAGAAGAGUCACCAAGAGUUUGUGAGUUACGUGCAAAACUCAUCAACUAAAACACUGAAAAAAUGUUUAAGUGCUUCAUUUGUCAAGCUGUGCAUGUUCUCUGCCAGUCCUUGAUAACUCAUCUAAGCACUGAUCACAGUUUCUAUCAUAGCACCAGGUUUAAGUUGGUUUGUUCACAAGAUCGUUGUAGGCGUCAGUUUUCAACAUAUUCGUGUUUCAAAAAACAUCUAAUUAGUGCUCAUGAGACGGGUUCUUGUCAAAGUGGUGAUGCAGCAAACUUAGUCAUUUCAAGCUAAUUUUAAUUAAUAAAAAAGAUACUUCUUGUCAACAAUGUUAUCCACUUCCUGGUGAACAAGGUUGUGGUUGAUAAUUUCAGUGAGCAUUUUCAUGCUUACCAAGUAUAUGAAAGUGAUGAGAAAGAUGUUAUUAAAGCAGACAGUCUUGAAAUAUAUAAGCCUUUUGACUUCCAAAGUGCUUAUGGUGGAGAUGAGAGCCUCUAUAUUGUACCAUUAUUUUCUUUGUAAAUGUGCACAUAGAGUUAAGUUGUGCCCAACUCCCAUGAUGCUAGGAAGUUGGGUUUUUUUGUCCUGAAUUAAAAAAAAAAAAGAUACAUUUGUUGUAAUGAUUAAUUGUACUUGAUCACUGUAAAGUGGCUUGUGGGUCAACACUUUUAAACUUCUGUAAGCACAGGUGGUAAAGAGAUUUACAGCAUGAUAGUGUUCAUAACUGUUUUUCUGUAGCCUUGCAGGUGACUAGUAGCAUUUUCAGAUUUGGUGAAAACAUGUAUCCUUUUAUUAUGGUGAUAAACACUUAAAAAUACACUUUCAUGUGUAAUAAGACAACACA